AUGAGCGCAGAACUGUUCAGAGAACUGAAUAAAAACCCAAAAGUCCAAAGUGAAAACACUGUGGGUCUACUAACGAAGAUCGCGGAGAAUAUUUUAAAUGACCCUAAUAAUGCUAAAUUUAGAACGCUAAAUAAAUCAAACAAAAAGGUUUUUGAGCAAAUUUUGCAAGUAAAGGGAGGCCUUCUAUGUUUGAGACUUAUGGGAUUUAAAGAGACUGAAAAAGGCUUUGUUCUUCCACCUGAUACCAAUUUAAGUGCAAUGAAAAAUAUAAAAGAAUUACUAUCAGUGUGGAAAGAUUCUGAGGAAGCAGACAUUGGAACUGUGAAGCCUGUAGAGCUCCCUCCGAUGGUCCCACUCUACAAGGACCAUCCAUUUCUUCAUAGAAUAGAGCAAACAUUCCAUAUAUGUUUGCGUUAUGCUAACAAGGAUUUAUUAAAAAGAGCCAAGAGAGUUAUCCCGGUUACAGUAUUAGGCAAAAAUGCACAGGAGAGGCUCAGAGCUAUCCAAGAACAUGUGAAAAAGAAUAAAUUGCCUGAACCUGAUGUGUCUUUACAAGAUCUGCUUCUCUUGGAGCUGUUGCAGUGGUUCAAUGAAGAGUUUUUCACUUGGGUUGAUAGUCCUGACUGUGAAAAAUGUCAAGGAAGCAGUCAGUUCUCACAUAUGAGCCAAGAUAAGAGCCACUUCAUUUAUACUAAUAGAGUAGAGAUGCACAAGUGCAAAUCCUGUGGAUUUCUGACUCCAUUUCCGAGGUAUGAAGACCUGAAUAUCUUGCUGGAAACGCGAAGAGGGAGGUGUGGGGAAUGGGCCAAUGUGUUCACUUUACUUUGCUCGGCCAUGGAUUGGGAUAGUAGAUAUGUGCUGGAUGAAAACGACCAUGUGUGGACUGAGGUUUACUCUUUUGCUAAAAAACGUUGGCUGCACUGUGAUCCUUGCGAAAAUAUUUGUGAUAAACCCUUGAUCUACGAGACUGGCUGGAAGAAGAACAUGAGUUAUGUGAUGGCUUAUUCACCAGAUGAGGUUCAAGAUGUUACUUGGAGGUAUUCCUGUAAGCAUAAGGAAGUGUUAAGCAGAAGGAGGUUGUGUGACGAGCAUUUGCUAGCAACGGCUUUGACAAACUUAAGAAGUAAGAGACAAGAAGGCAUGUCUGAACCUAGAAAGCAGUUUUUGACCAAAAGGUUACUGUUUGAGCUUGUGGAGCUUAUGGUCGAAAGGAAGCCUGAGGAUGGAGAGUCCAAGGGGCGUCAGUCAGGAGACGCCCUGUGGCGCCUCACCAGGGGAGAAACUCAAGAAACGCCACAAUUCAUUUGGGAAAUUGAUGUUGAUGCUUUGGAGGAUAAUGCGGCCACCGUAAGGUAUUCUUCAGCAAAGGACGUUUACGAGUUGGUUAGUUGUAAUAAGGUGAAGAAGAGCGUGAAAAAAUGGAAUUUGGGUUGUUUUGAGUUUAGCAAUAUUAUGAGGAAAGAGGAGAAGGAUUGGAAGCAGGUGUAUCUUGCUAGGACAGAAAACAGCAUGGCAGCCUCAAUUGCCUGGAAAUUCCAAUUCUCGGCACCCCUAGACAACGUUUCCCUGCACCUUCACCAUGUUACUUUUGAAAGUGGUACCGUGAGGGCCCGUAUAGUGAGCGACGAUGCUACCGAGGACAUUCCGAAUGAUGGGAAACUUUUUAGUGAAAAAUUCCAGGAUAGGAAGUUCGUCAUAGUGACGGCACAGUUGGAGGGUGGUAAAGGUGAUGUGGCUUGGCAACACACGCAACUUUUUAGACAAUUAGUAGAUAGCGAGGAGUAUCCUUUUAGUAUUACUUUUAAGUUUAAAUAAUAGGUUUUUUAAUAUAUCAUAUUUGUUUACCA